AUGGCAGACGCAAAUGUUGCUACGUCGCAGUUACCGGAUCAUACACCACUGAUGGUGCACACCGUGAGGGGCGUGAUUGGGGCCUCUACAUUCGCAGAUUUGUUAUACGUGCCUUUGGACUGGAUGACUACUUGGUUCUUCUUGCCCUGGUACGCAUUCUGCUUCUCCGACGGGAUCCCGCUUCUGGGAUUCCAGGAGAACUCCACGGACUAUACUUACGUCGGCGCCGUCCCCCUCAUCCUGAUGAACCUAGAGUACGCACUAGGCCUGAUCAGCGGAUCUCUGCCUUCGCUGCGCGUUCUCGUCCGGUUCAUUCCCGGCCUCAACAGCAGCAAGAGGAGUACGUAUCCGACCCAGGAGUGGGAAUUGAGUGAGCCGGUGGAAUAUCGCUUCGGUGGCCGUCCGCGCUGGAUGCAUCGACCACGGGGCGGGGAUGCGAAGAGUAUCGAGAGCGAGAGUCGGCGGCAGAUUCUGGAGGUACAGGAGAGUCCCCGCCCACUGGAGUCUGCGGGUUUCGGAUGA